GAGCUCCGCUUUGCGCGCACUCGGAGCUUUUUGCGCAUCUGGUGGUGAUCAGCAGCGGCAGCGGAGGCUCUGCGGGUCCAGAUGUGACUGGAGCACCGGAGGAAGGAGCUGCUCAGAGGACUUCUCCGCCGAAAACCCUCCGGACCUGCGCCUGCGUCUUCUCGGUUGGAUCCGCGGCUGCGCCUGCGCCGCAUGGAUUUGGUUUGUUUGGAAAAACCUCCAGGAGAAAAAGUUCAGAGCGGAUGUGGAGGCGCGUCUGCCGGGUCUGUGUGCGUCCGGAGCCGCGGUCCGGACCUGCAUGAGCGGAUCUACUGCUGCCGCUUCUCCUCCUCCUCCUCCUCCUCCUUCUUCUUCUUCUUCUUCUUCUUUUUCUCCUUUUUCUCCUUUUUGCCGCUCCGCUUCUUCCGCUCGCGCUCCCCGUCUGCGUCAUGACUUCUAGUUAUGCGCAUGUGAUGGACAGGCCUCCGUCCAUCUCCGGCCGCCUGGACAGUCCGCUCACGGCCAACCUGGACACCCUGCAGGCCAAGAAGAACUUCUCGGUCAGCCACCUGCUGGACCUGGAGGAGGCCGGGGAGAUGGUCGGCACGCAGGCGGACGACGGCGUCGGGGAGGCGGGCAGGAGUCUGCUGGAGUCCCCGGGGCUGACGAGCGGCAGCGACACCACCCAGCAGGAGAAUGAACAGAUGAACACAGAGGAGAAGAAGAAGAGGAAGCAGCGUCGGAACCGGACCACCUUCAACAGCUCUCAGCUUCAGGCUCUGGAGCGGGUCUUCGAGAGGACGCAUUACCCCGACGCCUUCGUCAGGGAGGACCUGGCCCGCCGGGUCAACCUGACCGAGGCCCGGGUCCAGGUUUGGUUCCAGAACAGAAGAGCUAAGUUUCGUCGGAACGAGCGUGCGAUGCUCGCCAGUAAAAACGCCUCCCUGCUCAAGUCGUAUUCAGGCGACGUGACGGCGGUGGAACAGCCCAUCGUCCCCCGACCGGCGCCAAGACCCAACGACUACCUGUCCUGGGGCAGCGCCGCCCCCUACAGCUGGUAUCCGGUGGCGGAGGGGGCGCCGGUGAGAGUUCCACAGAAAAUGCUGCCCACAGAGAACAACGCCAUGGCGACGUACCCGCCCACCUGCUCCAACACCAACACGUCUCAGGGCAUGAACAUGGCCAACAGCAUCGCCAACCUGAGGCUCAAAGCCAAGGAGUACAGCCUCAACCAGGUCCCCACCGUCAACUGAGACCCGGGCCCGGACCUGGACCCGGGCCUGCUCCUCGGACCCGGACCUGGCCCUGCUCCUAGGACACAGUCCCAGCCCUGCUCCUUGGACCCGGACCAAGUCCUGGUCCUAGACCCGGACCCGGCCUUGCUCCUCAGACCUGGUCCUGCUCCUUGGACCCGAUCCCGGUCCCAGUGCCCCUGCCAGACCUGACCCUACUCCUCGGUCCUGGACCUGGCCCUGCUUCUCGGUCCAGGUCCUGUAUCUGGCCCUGCUCCUCAGACCCGGGCCCAACCCUGGUCCUCGGACCCGGUCCUGGUCCCAGACCUGGACCCGGCCCUGCACCUUGGACCUGGACCCAAAUCCGGCUUUGCUCCUUGGACCAGGGCUUGCUCCUUGGAGCCACACCAGGACCCGGUCCUGCUCCCUGGAUCAGACUCGACCAUGUUCUUCAGACCCGGACCGGGACUUGGUCCUGGUCUUGGACCUGGCCUGCUCCAUGGAACCAGACCUGCUUCUUGGUCCUGAAGUAGGACCUGGCCCUGCUACUUGGACCUGGACCCGGACUUGGCCCUGCUCAUCGGUCCUGGUCUUGGACCUGGCCCUGCUCCUCAGACCCGGGCCCAACCCUGCUCCUCGGACCUGGUCCUGGUCCCAGACCCGGACUCGGUCCUGCACCUUGGACCUGGACCCAAACCCGGCUUUGCUCCUUGGACCAGACUCGGCCAUGCUCUUCGGACCCGGACCGGGACUUGGUCCUGCUCAUGGACCCGGACCUGCUUCUUGGUCCUGGUUUUGGACCUGGCCCUGCUCCUUGGACCUGGGCCUGGCCCUGCUCUUUGGACCUGGACCUGGCCCUGCUCUUUGGUCCUGGACCUGGCCCUGGCCCUGGUCCUGGUCCCACCUGCACCUGGACCAGGUCUUGGUCUUGUCUCCAAACUUGCGCCUGGUUUUGUUUCGUCUCUGGAGGCGUUUCGUCUUUUUUUUAAUCUCGUCCUCGGACUCAGAAGACGCAGACUCGCGUUGGGACGAUGCGGAUUUUCCUUGAAUGGAUAAACUGAACGGAUAAACAUCUACUCUGCAGACACAGACUUCCCCUGCGUAGACGACGGGGACAUUUAUACCUGUUCUAGUUUGGUUUUUGUCGUUUUUUCUUUCCUUUUAUACCACUGAGCUUCCACACUUUCACACCUUGUGUUUGUUCAUGUACUCGUCCAGUAUACAGGAUGUAUGUCUGAACCCAAACCCAGUAGAUCCUCCUCAUUCCUUUAUCAUAUCCUUUAUUUGUAACAGAAUAAAACUUGUAUAUGAAUAAAAAUGCAUCUCAACA